AUGCUAGCAGAAAACUCUUCCAUGACAGAGUCUGUCCUUGCAGGUUUAACCAACCAGCAGGGACUCCAGAUGCCACUCUUCUUCUUGUUUCUAGGUUUCUACAUGGUCACCGUGGUGGGGAACCUAGGCUUGAUAAUACUGAUUGGGCUAAAUUCCCACUUGCACACCCCUAUAUACUUCUUCCUUUUCAAUCUCUUUCUAAUAGAUUUCUGCUACUCCAGUACCAUCACCCCCAGAAUGCUGGUGAGUUUUGUCUCAAAGAAAAACAUUAUCUUGCAUGCUGAGUGUAUGACUAAGUUCUUUUUCUUUUGUUUCUUUGUCGUCUCUGAGUCUUUCAUUCUGUCAGCAAUGGCAUAUGACCGUUUUGUGGCCAUCUGUAACCCACUGUUGUACACGGUCAGCAUAUCUCCCCAGCUGUGUUUGUUCCUUUUGUUGGGUGCCUAUGGGAUGGGGUUUGCUGGGGCCAGCCAUACAGGAAACAUAAUGAGUCUGAUGUUCUGUACUAACAACCUUCUCAGUCACUUCAUGUGUGACAUCCUUCCCCUUCUUGAACUCUCCUGUAACAGCACUUAUGCCAAUGAGCUAGUUGUCUUUGUUGUUGUCGCCAUUGACAUUGGAAUGCCCAUUAUCACUAUCUUUAUUUCUUGUGCCCUCAUCCUCUCCAGCAUUCUUCAUAUUAGUUCUCCUGAGGGAAGGUCCAAAGCAUUUAGCACUUGCAGCUUCCACAUAAUUGUGGUUUCUCUUUUUUUUGGUUCUGGGGCUUUUAUGUAUCUCAAACCACCUUCCAUUUUGCCCCUUGACCAAGGGAAAGUGUCCUCUCUGUUCUAUACCAUUGUAGUGCCUAUGUUAAAUUCAUUUAUCUAUAGCUUAAGGAACAAGAAUGUCAAAGUUGCCCUGAGAAAAACCUAG